CAGCGUCAUUUUAGGGAGGGAUUUUGAAUGCUCAGACGCUGCCGAAGGUCUACCAAGGCUCGAUUCGACAAACGGGAUAUAACUUUAAAAUGGCAUUGGAACUAUACCUAGAUCUUUACUCCCAGCCAUGUAGAUCUGUCUACAUGUUUGCAAAGAAAAACAAUAUCAAAUUUGAUUUUAAAAAGAUGUCAUUGUUUGGAGGAGAGCAAUAUGGUGAAGAAUUUGGCAAAGUUAACCUGGUCAGAAAAGCCCCUGCAAUGCGCGAUGGGGAUUUUUGUAUGGGAGAGAGCAUUGCCAUCAUGACAUACUUGGCGCAGAAGUUCCAUACGCCAGACCACUGGUAUCCCGCCGACCUCCAAAAGCGCGCCCGGGUGAACGAGUACCUUUCUUGGCAGCACACGGCUGUGCGGAUGCACGGCUCAAAAGUGUUCUGGCUCAGGGUCUUCAUCCCCAAACUUUUAGGAGAUGAUGUGCCCAAGGACAAAAUGACUGCAGCUUUGGAAGAACUAGAUGGCUCUCUGAAGCUCAUUGAGGAGAAGUUCCUAGAGGACAGACCUUUCAUCGCUGGAAAUGAGAUCUCCCUGGCGGAUGUUGUUGCCAUUGUGGAGAUAAUGCAGCCCGUCGGGUCCGGCCUGGACGUCUUUGCCAGCAGGCCCAAGCUGAGUGCGUGGAAGGAGCGUGUGCGGGCCGCCCUCGGCCCGGAGCUGUUUGACGAGGCCCAUCAGAUCAUCCUCAACGCCAAGGAAAUGGCAGACAACAUGGACAUUAGCGUCCUUCAGCCCUUCAAACCAAAGCUGCUCAGGCUCUUCCUGUGAACCCUGUGUGGUCGUACCAGAGGCCAUCCUGUUGGGCCCCUUCUGUUAUUAUCCUACAGCUCCUACUGCAAUGACACAACAGAGAGCAUAUGCACUGAAAAUUGUGGCUUGUUAAUUCGGCUAUCACUAUCAAUUGAGUAACAUUGAUUCAACACUUUGAGAGUCAAAUUUAACACUUUUGUAAAGAGUGUAUUUGUUCCUAUAUUCUAAGUGUUGAAUUAACACCACAAUAUUUCCUGUGGUCUCCUCCUUGUUAGCCUGUAGCUCUUAUUGUACUAAUACUAAUUGUUGUCGUGUCGCCAGUGUCAAGGAAAUUAUGUAUUUUCUAAAAAUGUGGUGUUUUUUUGUUUUCUAAACAGACAUUCAUUGGACUGCGGGAAAAUUUCAUUAGCUAUACUUAUCCUUCAUGUGACAAGGGCUUAAAGAAUUUAGAACAGGCUACUUUGUUCUAUCUGUUGUAAAAGCCUGUUUCGCAUUAGGGUGAUGUUCAUCCCUGGAUGAGCAAAAUUAAAGUGGUAUUUGGAGAAUGAACCGUUUUAGGCUGAAAUGUUGACCCUAGGUGUGGUUAAGGAGAUGGACUUCAGAUCAGAGUGUUGCAUGUUCGAAUCCCAUCCUUCCAUUCCCUAUCUCACGCCACGGCUGAGGCAGAGAUGGUCUAUUCUGGGCCACGGUUGAUUGUGGUACAUAGCUGAACCACAAUCACUUGUGAAGCAACCAAAAUGUUACCUGUUAAGUCAGGGAUCAAUGUUUUGGGACAUGGGAUAAAGGCUUUUAUUGUCCUAUCCCAUGUAGGCCUACUUUUUACUCUUUAGAAAAAUAAAAACUUCUAUAAAAAGUGGACUCCGCAUAGCUUUCAGGAAAUUACAUGUCAGGUAUGGGAAGUUCAAAUUGGGAAGUUGGUUGUCAUUGACCGGGCCAUGCAUUGUUUCACGCACUCAAUUGGGAAGUGAGAGAGUGGUCCAUCCCUUGCAAAGCAAUGUGAUUUGAAAUGGCAGACAGUAGUGCCUAUGUAUUUUGUCAAGUGAAAAAAUGCAUUUCAAUAUAUACAGCUAGCCUAUAAACCUCAUGGCAGAAUUUCAAAUGCAACGAUCAUUAGGACUACAUAUCCAAGGAUGAUCUCAAGGAAUGUAAAUGCACAUAUUUUAGAGUGAUACUUUGGAUUGUCUGCAUUGGUCCUUAUAUAAAAUGUUGUAACACAUCAA